AGAUGGAAUGCUAUCUCCCCUCUCUGUUGUCUAUUGGAACUUGGCAUAUAAGUUGUGAUAAAGCUUGAAGAUGAUUCGUGAUGGAUUGGUGAUUGUGUUUGUGUUGGGUGAUGGAAAUCUGUAAUGUGGUGAGUUAUGGGUUCUGUGUCUCAAUGAAAGGAGAUGAAAACUCAAUUUUUAUGAUUUUUAAAAAAAUGGAUGAGAUUUGGUUGGUGGAUUUCUACACCCAACAAACACGCGAGGAGAGAGAAACGUGGACCACCUCCAUGACUAGUAUAUAAAAAGAAGGCUCAGCACUCUCAUCUAUCGUGCUAAGAAUUUGCAGCCUGCAAUGGAAUUUUUCAUGCAAUCUCUGUUAAUUACCGUGAUCACCAUGGUUGCAUGUGUGUAUGUUUUUCAGAAAAGAAGAGCAGGUGGCACUAAAACCUUGCCCCCUGGUAGCUUUGGGUGGCCCCUAAUGGGUGAAACCUACCAAUUUUUGUUCAUCAAGAGUGAACAUUUCAUUCGAGAGAGGGUCAAAAAGUACUCCUCACAGAUCUUCCACACAAACAUACUGGGAGAGCCAACAGUGGUUUUUUCUGGUCCUGCAGCACACAAAUUUGUCUCCACCAAUGAGACAAAGCUUCUCAAAGUUUGGUACAUGAAGACUCAGCGCAGGUUCUUCAAUAUUCCUGAUCAAAUACAUGCACCAAACUCGAAACCAAAACAAGAAGCUGCAUCUUCUGCUCCAGUGAAGAUCUUGGGGAUUCUGAAACCUGAGGGAAUAGCAAGGUACAUGGGGAACAAAGUUGAAUUAACCAUGCAUCAACAUUUCAUGACACACUGGGAAGGAAAAACAGAAGUGAAGGUGUACCCUUUGGUGAAGGCCUUUACCCUCACACUGGUUUGUCAAUUCUUCUUAGGCAUUGAUGAACCAAAAUUGGGCAGUGAGUUUGAGUACUUGUAUUUUGGGAUCUACUCUGCUCCUGUGAAUUUCCCGGGCUCUGCAUACCGUAGGGCACUGAAGGCUUCGGCCGCAAUAAGGAAAGAGAUACAAUUUCUGAUCAAAGAGAAGAUUGAUGCUUUGUCCAAGGGGCAAAUUGUGGAUGACCUACUAGCACACGUAGUUGGUGCUGAGCAGGGUGGAAAAUAUGUGCCAAGAAUUGAAAUAAGCAACAUCAUCAUGGGGAUGAUGAAUUCCAGCCACAUGCCAAUAGCUAUUACUCUGGCUUUCAUGAUCAAACACAUUGGACAAAGGCCUGAUAUCUACCAAAAAAUCGUAUCCGAGCAUGCUGGUAUUACAAAAUUCAAAAGAUCUGGUGCAGCACUAGACUGGGACAGCCUACAGAAACUGAAAUACACAUGGGCUGUUGCACAGGAGACUAUGAGACUCUAUCCAACCGCACCAGGUGUGUUCAGAGAGGCCAUAACAGAUAUCGCAUAUGAAGGUUUUACUAUUCCAAAAGGGUGGAAGAUUUUUUGGUCACUGGUUGGGACAAAUAGGGAUCCCGACUACUUUUCUGAACCUGAAAGUUUUGACCCCUCAAGGUUUGAAGGGACCAUUCUUCCUGCUCCAUACACUUGGAUACCCUUUGGAGCUGGACCAAGAUCUUGCCCUGGACAAGACUACACGCGGUUUGUGGUCCUCAAUUUCAUUCACAUUCUAAUAAACAAGUUCAAGUGGGAAGUUACAGAUCCUGAUGAGAAAGUUUCAGGGGGUCUAAUACCUACCCUAGCAGAAGGAGUAUCUAUCCGUCUUUAUCACCACUAAGUUCUCCCAAGUGCAGAUAUUGUAAACAAGAAGAACAGUUUGAAAAAGAAAUAUUUAAGUCUUUGGGUUGUGUAGAGUAUCUAUCAGUGCAGAUUGAUUGGAGAAUUUGAUCAAUAUCAUAUGAUAGUAAAGACGACAAAGGACCCAAACAAAAUGUAAAGUUGGCUAAUUGAUUAUAGGAUCGUAUGUGUAAUGAGACAAUGUAAUAAGAAUAUUCUGAAUGUAUUGUUGUCAUUUUGUAAAAGGAAAAAGUGAUGUUGAGUAGCUAACUAGCUAUUUGAAUUGAAGAACAAGUCCCAGUCCCUUCGUACAUGUAAAAUCC